UGGGUUUUAGCAGCUGCAACACCUUGGAUAGGAAUUAGCAGUUCGAGCGAUGUCACAUGGCAGCGUUUGAGAUGGGAAUCUUUUAAUGUCGAGCACAUGAAGGAAAUGUGUAACGCUGGGGAGAUGGCAGGAGAUCCAUUGGUAGCCAAUAACCGUGUCACGGCUGUGUCGCACUUGCACCCAGUGAUCAAAGCGUUUGUGUGCGGAUCGCUAAGUGGCACCUGCUCUACUCUUCUUUUCCAACCAUUAGAUCUUGUAAAAACGCGGUUACAGACUCAGCAGAUCGUUUCCAGAGGGAGCCAAGUAGGAAUGUUAAAGCUUUUCCUCAAAGUCAUUCGCAAUGAAAACUUCUUGGGACUGUGGAAAGGGGUGUCUCCGUCCUUCAUGCGCUGCAUUCCUGGGGUUGGUGUUUACUUCAGCACACUAUAUUUCUUGAAGCAACAUGUUUUAUCUGAGCCGGAACUCAGCCCUCUAGAGUCGGUUCUUUUGGGAGCAGGAUCUAGGACUGUAGCAGGAAUUUGUUUGCAUCCAUUCACAGUAGUAAAGACUCGAUAUGAGAGUGGUCAAUAUCUUUAUAGUGGUGUAUUUCGAGCUCUGGGGAGCAUAUACAGAACUGAAGGUACUACUGGUCUUUUCAGCGGUCUUGCUGCCACCUUGCUACGAGAUGCUCCUUUUUCAGGGAUAUACUUGAUGUUUUAUACACAAGCCAAGAGGUUCGCCCAGCCUUAUAAUUUUGACUCAACAUUCAACCCUCUUUUAAAUUUCUCUUCUGGGAUUGUGGCUGGUAUCCUGGCAUCUGCAACUACUCAGCCUGCUGAUGUAAUCAAAACACAUAUGCAGCUUUUUCCGGACAAACAUCGUUGGACUGGUCAGACUGCUUACUAUAUUUAUCAGAAUCUUGGAUUGACUGGAUUUUGUGGAGGCAUGCCUCGAGCUUUACGCAGAACUCUAAUGGCAACAAUGGCAUGGACAGUUUACGAACAAAUGAUGGAUAAAAUGGGACUUAAGUCUUGAUCAAACCCUGUGACAAUAGUAACUGAAAGGAUGCAACUAACUGGACCAUUUUAGAUCACAGCAAAACCAUUCUGCUUGAAGGCUUGCAAAUGUUAAUGGUUAUUCAACAGUCAUUACAAUAAAAAUAGCCUAUAAAAUAAUAGUGAGUGUGAGCUAACAUCAAAACUGUUUUUUUCUGUCUGUACAUAAGCUAUUUUAGCACAGCAAUUUAGUCACCUAGGUGAUGCUUUAGGUCAGUGGUCAGUAAAACAUAAACGGAUGUCAGCAGGUGCUGAGUAGACAAUGGCAGCAGGUUCAGUUAGUUACUGCACAAUAAAUUUAUUCUGCUGUGCUGACUGAAAAUGGGGUGAGUUCUCUGCUCUAGCACCAGUGCAUUACAGACUUUCUAGUACCUCAGAAU